AUUCACUGGAGUAUAAGAAAUGGACUUGGGACAGACAGACAGACUCCUGGGCCCUGCCAACAGUCAAAAUGUCCAAAGGGCCUCUUAUUCUCUGGCUGCUGAUUGAGCUCGGGCGGCUUUUUCUGACUCCAGCUGCAUCAGAGACUGUGAGAGCAUUUUUGGGUCAGUCAGUGAUUUUGCCCUGUACCUACUCAUCCUGGUCUCAAAAUAGCAACAGCAUGUGCUGGGGCAAGGGUGAGUGUCCCAAAUCCAAAUGCAAUGAUGAGCUUCUCCACACCAAUGGGAGGAAGGUGCUGUCCAGGAAGUCAUCAAAAUAUGAACUUCGGGGCAGUAUCCGGAGAGGUGAUGUGUCCUUGACCAUCUUCAACACCAAUGAAGGUGACAGCGGUGUGUACUGUUGUCGCGUAGAGGUGCCUGGCUGGUUCAACGAUGUGAAGAAGAACAUUCACCUGCAGCUGAGUAGAGCCCCGACAACCACACACUCAACAACACAUCUCCCAAAAGCCACCUCUGCUGUGAGGACAGCCACAACUGCGCUUCCAACAAUGGCUAUGAAUAUACCUGAGCUCACAACCAGAACACCACUCCAGACAAGAACCACCACUGCUCUCACAACAGUGGCAACUACAUGCCCUCCAACGAGAACCUUACUUCCUGAAGCAACCACAGUUCUUCCAACAGCUGAGUUUUCCACAGAAGGGCCUAUCCUCACUGCAGCGUCAGAAACUUUCUUUCUCUCUAGUGACUCUGAGAGAAGCACUGAGGUACCUUCUGGAAACAUUGCCUUAUUUACAUCCCAAGAAUCUGAAGAUUGGGUUCUCCAGUCAACAUCCCAGGUGUCCAAGUGGGAAAUGAGUGACUCAGUGACUUUUCCUCAAACAGGAGCGAUGGAGACGGAAAUGCCUGUGCAAAACAAGGUUGAAUCAGAACAGGUAAAAAUGGUCAUCAACUCUGACCUGCUAAUGAUCAUCGCUCCCUCCCUGGGAUUUGUGCUGUUGGCGUUGCUUGUGGCAUUUUUCCUUCGAGGGAAAGUCAUGAAAUCCAGUUGGUUCCCGAAACACACACGGCUGGACAAUGUUGAAGGAUAUAAAAACAACUUCGAUGACAUGCAGCAUGGAAGAGAAGACGAAGAUGGUCUUUUCACACUCUAAUGUGCCACUUUUUCUCAGGAUUGAGGAUGGGGGCAUGAUGCGGGAAUUGUCAAAAUAAGUCUUAGAAUGUAUUGGUUUUUUUUUUUUUUAAAGCCCCAUCUAUUAUUCCAUUGGUGUCAUUGAUCCAGUCUUGUUUUAAUUUCACAAGUGAAAGGUACUUUAGAGACCCUUAGCACCUUUGCUGCCAGGCGCUUUAAUCUCCUGGGUAGCAUCCUGGUCAGUGAUCUUCCAGAAUGUGCUUGAAUAAUCUUGGUGAUGGUGAACUCACCAGCACAUCUAAAGGAGAUCAUUCAAUCUCAGGGCAGUUCUGAGACUUCGAAAUAUUUAAAAUGAAGUCUGUCUCCAUAUAGCAUCUGCUUAUACAUCCUAGUUGAAUUCAUUGUGUUUACACAGAACAUGUGUAAUCUCUCUUCUCUCUGGCAGCGCUCCAGAUACUGCAAGGAGAGCCUUGUCUGUCCAAAUUGCCUUGCUUCUGAGAUGCGUAUUCUGGUCCCUUUUCUACCUAGUUGCCUUUGCCUCGUAUGUAUUUGUGUCUCUCUGUUUAUGCCCAACUUUCAGAGGUUAGUGCCCCACUCCAGGUAAGGUAGGAGCAGCCCUGGGUCUGAACCUCAUCAAUAAUGCAGGAAGCGAUAUAGAGAAGUAUCCUGAUUUUGGCUCACAUUUCCUUUUUUGAGAAAAGAAUCUCCCUUAACUAGGGCUCUGUGGGGGCAGGUGUAUUGGCACAGAAUCAGGAGUUUCCUGCGGCAGGAGGCAAAGGUCCAGGUGGAGGUGGUUGUCAGAGAUUGCAUUUAAGGAGGCAUUUGCCUGGACUCCCAUCGCAGCUUCUAAGCUGCACACCUUGUCUGCAGUCCUUCCCUUCUCCGAUCUGUUCUCCAUGCUGUGGCAGAGAUCCUUUUCUAAAUGCAGAUCAGAAGGUCCUGUCUACCCAUGGUGUUGGUGUUGAAGAAGCGCUUAGGCUCUGCCUGAGGCCGGGUGGCUGCCACAGAUGAGUGAGGCAUGGGGAAGUGCAGGGGCUAUUCAAAGUGGAAUGUUUGUGUCCACUUGAAGGCCUUAACAUUCCAGCUUCGUUAGAAUAAUGCCCUGGGCAAGCAACACAGGACCAUGGGCUGGAACAAGGUAAUCGGUCUAAGACUCCAAAGUCCAGGAGGUAUGAUAUGGGUUUUACCAAAUGAUGAGUUAAUAAAUAUAUAAUUCUUAGGAUGAGACUCCCUGGUCAGAGAAGAUUGUUGGUCUAGUUAUUCCUCUCUUUCCCUCUCUGUGCAAUCAGGAUGAAUUGGUAGCCACCUACAAAUAACUUCCUAAUAUCUAGGGCCCAGGAAAGGGGAUCACUUUCCUUAGAGAGCUUAAAAAUCUAAAUGAGACAAAACAUGCAUGGGAAAUGCAACAGAAUAGAAUCAGUGUUGACUUUCCAUUUGCACAAGCAAGGACUUUGAUGGAGAUGUGGUUCUUACAGCUGAUGUUUACAUGGUGGUUCCACAAUCAAACUUUGAGGAUUUAGAACAACCUAAUUCUUCAACCUUGACCCUGACCUUUCUAGGCUCAAUCAGAGCUAAUAUCCAAUCCUGAAAAAGCAUUUGAUAUGGUCUAGGUACUCUACUAAAUGUUUCAAACAAGUAUAUUACUGUUGCUUUUGGAGUUGAGCAAACAGAAACAGAGGCCAAGGAACAUGCCCAAGGUCACAUGGACCAACCCCCUGUGACAGAGCAGGGCCUUGAACCAGGCUGGAAGGACUCCACACACUUAACCACUACCCUAUACCUCAGAGCAAGGGCCUUAAUUUAACAUUUCAUACAUACAGAACUGCAGUAUUGGCCUGCAUUGGUCCCAGAUGGAUUUUAGUUUGUUCAAAUCCUGGGCUACCUGAGUGCUUUGAUGGUUCUCCAAUCCCAACCCCUUUAUAGCUCAAUCUUCCCUUGUCCCCAUAUUAUUUACCCAGAAUCUUAUUUGCAUUUGCAGAGGAAGCUGCAAGUGGAGAACCUGGCAGGAACCUUAAUGAAGCCAGGUGGGACACAUUUAAAUGGGAAUGUGUUGAACUAACUCAUGAAGAGCUGGAGCCAGCUGUCAGCAGGCUUAAUGAAAGGUUAACAGGAAGCCGGCAAUGGGUGGCUGGGGAGACUCUUUGUCUCUCUAAAGAAAACAAAAAGUUGAGAAGUGAGCUCCCUGGGUGAAGGCAAGAUCAGAAGGAGGAAGCCACUUAUAACCAAAAGGCUGGGUCUCAAAAUAGAAUCAUUUGGGUUUGUAAACAUGGUAUAGUCAUUACAAAAAAAAAAAAAAAAAAGAGAGAGACACUGAGUUCUCAGCUCUCUGAACAACAAAAGACAGUGAAGAGAAUGUGUGUUGAAGUAAGAUGAAUGCUGAUGUUGUUAUCAGGGUCUUGGGCGUGCUGGAGAUAGCUCAUGAAAUGGAAGAUGGGUUUACUCUCCAUCUGAGCUGGGAGAGUGCUGUUCUUUGAUUGUAUACUUUAUCCGCGCUGCAUAUGGAGUGGGGGUGUGGAGGGUGUGUGCAGGAAGGAUCCUGAUACAACAAGCAGUUCAACUCCCGUGUUUUAUCUGAUGAAACUGAGGCCCAGACAGGGGGACUGAGUGAUCCCAGGCUACACAGUAAACCAGUGCCAGAGCACAGGCCUAAACCAUGUCUCCUGGACUUCUCUGUGGCCAUGUCAUAAACCUGUUCCUGGAUUUUUCUAGGUCCACCUGGAUCUGCUUGAUUAUUUACCAUUUGGAGGUCACAUUAAGUUCCUGAUGUGAGCAACUCAGUAUUUCUUUCCCUUGAACCAUCUUACCCUGCACACCCUUGACCUUGUGCUGGAUGGCUGUUCCCACAAAGAGGAAUGAGAAUGUAGAAGUGCAAAGCUAGGUUGUUCUGUUGCUUUUUGAAGAACACCACCAUUACUAGGGUGACCAAUUCAUUCUGUUUUGAAACUCAAAGUCUCGCAUUGCUGGGACCUCCUUCAGGAUGACUAUAAUGACUAUAACAUAUUUGCAAGUCCAGGCAAACUGGGAUGAUUGGUCCACCUAAGUCCAUAACUAAACUAGAGAUGGAAACAACUUCCUUCUGAGUUCUUGACUCUCUUGAUCAUUUUUUUCAUUGCAAGUACCCAAGUGGAAUUUAAUUUGUUUAGAUCAGUCUUUUUUUUUUUUUUAAAGAUUUUAUUCAUUCAUUCAUGAUAGUCACACAGAGAGAGACAGAGAGGCAGAGACACAGGCAGAGGGAGAAGCAGGCUCCAUGCAGGGAGCCCGACGUGGGAUUCAAUCCCGGGUCUCCAGGAUCGCGCCCCGGGCCAAAGGCAGGCACCAAACCGCUGUGCCACCCAGGGAUCCCUAGAUCCAGUCUUAAAAUAGACCACUAGAUUUAGGUUCUAGACCUUUGUUAACCAAAAUGUAGGGCUCAGACCAUGCGUGGUCAUCACCUGGGAGCUUGUUAGCAGUGCAGAAUGUCGGUCCCCAUCCUAGAGCACGGGAUCAGAACCUGCAUUUUAACAAGGGUUUCCAUGUUAUCCAUAUGCACGUUAAAGAUUGAGAAGUACUGGCCUAAAGUAUUGAUUUGCAACGUUGGCUGCAUGUGGAAAUCAUAUGGGGAUUUCAAUAAUAAAAAAUACUGAUGUUUGACUUCCCUCUGAGAUCCUGACUUUAAUGGGCAUGGGGAAGACCUGGCUUUCAGAAGUUUUUAGGCCACCUUGGAUAACGCUAAUGUGCAGCAAUGACUGUAAGCCACUAUUCUAAAGGGAGGGCAGCUCUGUGCCAGAAGGAAAUGUUGCUAAUUAAUCAGGACAACUUUUGGCCUAAGUUAUGAGUUUAUGUGGGUCUAGUACCCCCACAUGAUUUUGCUCCAAGAAAUGAUCAAUAAAAUUGUUCAAGAAGAUCUGAGGAGACACGAUAAUGACCUAAAUGUCCCAAUUACUAUGGAUGAGGCCCAUUAAAGUAAUUAAAAAUCAAGAUAUAAUAUUUGGUCUGUGGAAAGUGAUAAUGAGAAAACAGAAAAGACAAAUGGAGAAGGAAUGUCUGGGGGUCAAGGUGGUGCUAUUAAUCUUUCAGAGACAUCAGAGGGAUAAUGAGAUGAUGCUAAGAUUAUAAGAGAAACAUGGGAGAUUGGUUAAGUGGAAACCUUUGUUGCAGAAUAAAGAAUUUAGUAAAAAGGCAACUAUUUGCCCUCUUGUCCCUAAAAAUAAUGGGAGACCCUCCUCAGGGCAAAGUCAUACAUUGUCUUAAUAAGACUGUAUUCAGCUGCAAGUAAGAGAAUACUAAAAAGCAGUGACUUAAAGACUUUUAAUUAUUUCACAUAACUAGAAAUUUGGAUGUAGGCUGUUUGAGAGUUGGUUCAGCAGCUUCACUGAAAUGAGAUAUUAGAGUCUCUGAGUUCUUUUGGCUUGUUCCCUCAUGGUUGCAAGAUGGCUGCCAUGGCUCUAAUGUGCCUUCGCACAAAAGGAUCUCAAGCAGGAAGGAAGGAUGUGGAAGGGAAUGAGACUUUGCCCUAAUAUGAUCCUUAUCCUUGAUCAAAAAGGGAAAUCUGCCAUAGAGGUUACCAGGAGAACCUCCCAUAUAUUUCAUUGUCCAUAUACUUCACUUGAUCACAUGCCCAUCCUUUGGCAAAGGGGAAUGAAAUAUCCAGGACUAAUUUACACCAAUCAUUACUCAGCCCCCAGGAUGUACACAUGGCCAUUUAACCAAAACUUACAGUCAAUCAGCACGGGAGAAACUGGGAAUGGGUGUUGGGUCAACAACUUUGAUUCCUGACACACUCACUCAUCCAUUGAAAGUGUCUUGGGUGUCUCCUAUGUGCCAAAGGGCUCUGUUGGGUGCUGGGGUAUAGUAAUGAACUGAACAGACCUACUCCCUCUUCCCAGACAGCUUAUAAUCUACAGAGCCACUUUCAUCUGUAUUAUGCAUUUCAUGAUUCCAAAUAUUUGGAUCGUCUUUAAUGUACCUGAGAGGCAAAAAGAAUCAAGGGAUUUCAAAAAGAUAAAAGUUUAGAAAUUCUGUAUACAUACCUUCUUGAAGCUGGGGAACUGAAUCUUUCAUGCAGGUGUCAGGAGUCAAUAGAGGAAUGAGGCAGAAACUUUCAGCCCUAGUAGGUGACAGCAAAUUACAACAAAAAUUCUUAGCUACAGUGAAACUUUGUAAGUAUGGCAGAGAGUAGACAGCUUGGGGUAAAACUCCAAUGGUAGAAUAAAGGAAAUAACCUCUUCUGUAUUUCUAUGCUAUUUCCUACUUUUCUAAGAAUUUCCAAACCCAUAGUACUCUGGGUCAGAGAAAGAGCAUAUCUUCUUUUGAUAGGGGAGAAGAAUGGAAGCACAGAGAGGUAAAGUCACCUCCUGUGUUCCCACCAUAGUGAGCGAGACAGGACUAGAAUCAAAUGUUCUGAUUCCUCCUCAAUCCAAUGGAUAAAUAUUUUUAUAAGGUGCCUACUAGGUGCACCUAGCUUUGUGCUUGAACCUAAUAGCAGCACUAGAAGUCAUCACUAAUAUUACUUCUGUAUGUCAGGCACUAUCCUAAGCACUUUGCAUGCAUUAUUUUAUAUGAUUGUAACAAUCUCUCUCUGAGGGGGUUGCCAGUUUUAUCCCUGUUUGACAGGUGAGGAAAUGGAAGUUCAGCUUCAUAAAGAAGGUAGUCUGCAGUUGAGCUGGUAUUCAAACUCUGGAGCAGCUUCAGAGCCCAUGUCCUCAACCCCUGCACUCUGGCCCUUCCAGGCAUACAAAGUGCCUUAGUGAUCUCUUCAUGACUGUGACUCCCAUGUAAAGUGGACAGGAUUGCACUGGGGAGUUUUAGGUCUCUAAGUCUGUCUGAUUGGACCAACCUGGAAAUGGAUAGGGGAGGGUGAAGGGCACAAAGCCAGAGGGUCUCACAUUCUGGAAGAGACAGUUUAGCUUUACCUUCAAAUGGGACUAUCUAUUCAGGCUCAGAGAUUGAAUAAUCAGAAUUUGGCACUUAACAUAUUCUAUGACUUUGGCUCCCUCUCCCUUUAAGAAUAUACCCUGAGAAAGGAGACAACAAAGGGCCUGGGUCCUACUCUCCUGCAGAGCCCCUGGUCCUAUCUUCCUCUUCCCUGCCUCGCCCUCAUGCUGCCUCUUAUCUCUUCUCUCUACCCUGUUUAUCUCCGUUCCCUCCUCAGCUUCUUCCUUCCCUUCUGGUCCCUCAGCGAUGCGUCUUAUCUUCCUUCAGCAGCUCCAUCAACAAAGUCCUAUCAGUUUUUCUCCUGCUUCAGGAUGCCUCAGCAUCAUUUUAAUCUGUUCCUCUGAGCUUUGCUUUUCAAUCUCUUCCCAAACUUAAUCUCAGACCCUUCUUCACUUAGAUGAAGAAAAGGCUGGAGCAAGAUUACAUUACCUGACAAUACCUUCUGGCUCAGGGAUCAAGAUGAUUAGAAAAGACAGCAGAGUCUUAUUUCACCACUAUGCCCUGGGUAUGCUACGGUGAGACAAGUUUUUUAAUUAACCUAAGACUCCCCAUCAAUUAAUGCUAUGACCUCCGCCACCAGCCCCCUGCUCCCCUGCCUUUAGAAAACAAAACAAAACAAAAACUGUUGAAAAAUGUUGCAGCAUGCUGGUGUAUGGAAAGAACACAGGUCUCAGAGUCAAACUGGCCUAGAACCUGAAGUUGCUCUUAGUUAGCUGGGUGGCCCAGGACAAGUUGCUUGGCUUCUCUUAGUCUCAGCUUUAUCGUUUGUAAAUAUGGAAUAGUACUGGGACCCUCAUAAGUAAGCACUAAAUGGAGUAAUACCAGUAAAGCAUCAAAUAGAGCAAUACCAGUUGGCACAGGGUUUGGCACAGGAUCGGUGCUCUACAACUAGUAGGCACUGUCCUUAGUUUACGCCGCAGCCCUAGUGCCUUGGCACAGGGUAGGUGCUCUACAACUAGUAGGCAUUGUCCUUAGUUUACGCCGCAGCCCUAGUGCCUUGGCACAGGGUAGGUGCUCUACAACUAGUAGGCACUGUCCUUAGUUCACUCUGCAGCCCCAGUUUUAAGUCUCUGUUAAUUGGAAGUUGCUGGCAGGACUUGCAAAGUCCCUCACUGAGGAUACAUACAGUGUGCUUGCAGAACUGGAAUGUUGAGCCUGUGGGAUUUUGGUCUAUCUCAGGAGCUGCACAUAUGUCCCCUGAUCUGGAGGUCUCAUACAUUAGCCUAAGAAUCAUCUGAGGGCAUGUUAAGAUGCAAACACCUGGGUCCACCCCCUAGAGAUACUGAUUCAGUGAGUUGGAAUUGGGCCCUACCACCUGAAUUUUUUAUGAUCUCAGUGGAGUUCUGAAAGCAGAGAUCUAUGGAGCCUCUGAGAGUAUGUCUCAGAGUCUCACAUUCAAACAGUACUCAUGGUAGCUAGCCUGAUUCCUAACUGCUCUGCCCUGCCACAAUUUCCUGGAUUCUGACCCUGAUUUUCCUUCGUGUGUCUUUGGACCCUGUGCUCAGCUCUGGUUUUGCUCUUUCUUCAUUCACCAUGAUCAACCCCAGAACAUUCUUACCCUCUGCCUCUAUCCUCAGCUUCCCCUACCUGCCCAAGGGUUGCUUUGGCUUAAUCUUGUCUAUAGGUCAUCUUUCAAUUUCUUGAUAAUGCCCUUUGCACCAAGGUUUUUAAUUUUAAUCAAGUCCAUUUUGUAUAAUUUUCUUUAGUUGCUUGUUAUCUUAGUGUGACAUCUAAGAGUCUAUUUCUAAAUCCAAAGUCAUGAAAAUAUAGUUCUGUUUUCUUCUAAGCGUGUCUUGGUUUGAUCUUAUAUUUUGGUCAUUGGUUCACUUUGAUUUGUAUAUAGAGUAAGGGAGGGAGUCCAACUUUAUUUUUUUGAACGUGGAUCCAGUUGUGCCAGCAUCAUCUAUUAAAGGGAUGCAACUUUUCUACAUUGAA